AGCACAUGUACGUGAAGGUUCUCAUUCACUGUUCAUGGGCGGGGCUUCCAGGCAUCUGAUGCCGUGACAGUUCAGGCGUACACACCCCCUUAUAUAUAUAAUCAUUUGAGUUCACUCAGCACUGUAAUACAUAUACGGUGGAGUUCUAAUUCGGAGUUUGCGAUCUAGUUUUUGGCUUUUCACAAGCUAUUUAUUAUGAACAGAAGACAACUAUACACAGUGGGAAUUAACAGGUACUGCCGCAGAUUACUGAAGACAUCUAAACCUUCUGUAAGGAGAAAGAUACUAACAGAAUUUUGUUGUGACACGCUAUGAUAUUAUAUGUUGUAAGUAGAACCGUGGUUUUAACGGUCCUGCUCGUAGCUUUACACUUAACUAUUGUUGACUGCAAACCAGCAUUGUCAGCUUCCCAACAGGUAUCCGAAGCUGAGAAAGAAAUAGACAUAUCAAACCUUCGGAUCGAAGCGUUUAAACAAAGUAUAUUGGAACAGAUAGGGGAUUCCUUGCCAUCAAAUGUCUCAAAUGUAACACAUAGUAUAGAAACCAAACGGCAAAAAAUACGUGAAUUCAGGGAUUAUCUCCGAAGUAAAAACGAUAUGCAGCACAUACCUGACAAAGAAGAAAUGGAGUCAGAAUCGAAGCGAGUACGGCGAACUUAUAAAGGUGACUACAAACAACAGAGAUCAAAUCCAACUGACCUGGAAGGACCUGUUUUGUUCUACAAUAUUCAAGAAACGCUCCCGAAGGACAUAUACAGGGAACUAGUUGUAUUUUCUGCAACUUUACAGUUAUUUAAAAAACAAACAAAUACUUCUGCCUCCAAUAAAACACAACAGUCAUUAAUGAAUAUCAAAGUGUUUAACGUAGAGCGGAACGAGAACCUUAAUUUAGUGAAAGGAAAACAAAUUUCCUCAAAGACAAUUGAUGUUUCCAUAUCUGGAUGGGAGGCUUUCGACAUAUCAGCAGCGACACAGAACUGGAUAGAUAAUCCACAGUCAAACCACGGAUUAUUGCUAUCUUCAGACACCCACAACAUCACACAAAUCGUCUCUUUCGCCGAGGACACGUUAAUGCUAAAACGUUUACAUAACCAUUAUGACGAAGGUAGAGAUGUACAUUUACCGAAACAUUCAUCAGACUAUUUCAUCCCACUACUGAAGUUAGAUGCAGAGGAACGCCCGAUUCUCAAACGCGUCAAACGCCAAGCUGGCCGCCGGGAUUGUACACAGGGUGAUGGAGAGGACAGAUGCUGUAGGUUUAGGACUCAAAUCAAUUUUCGUGACAUCGGCUGGAAUUGGGUAAUAGCUCCAACAGAUUAUGAAGCUUUUCACUGCGAAGGAACUUGUCCGGACCGAUUUAAAAUGGCAAACACUUUUACAGGGAUCAAAUCAACUCUUCAUAAAAUGGACCCUUCCCGUUUCUCGGCACCAUGUUGCAUACCAUCGUCAUUCAAACCCCUGACAAUCCUCCACGAAGAUGCGUACAACAAUUUAGUGUUUACAGACUUUGCCGAUAUGGUUGUUCAAGACUGCAAAUGUGCUUGAAAAGAUUGUUACCAAUGACAACCCUUCUCGUCAACUCGUUACGGCGAGAGACUGCAUUAUUUCAUUUUAUUUCUUUUUUUCGUCGCUGUGAUAUGUCGAAUGAUAGCAUUGUUUUAUGCGAAAUUCAAUAUAAAUCCUUGUAUUUCGGAUAGUCCCGUUAAGUUCUAAAUACAUGGAGGAAAUAUCAUAACUGAAGACAAUUGUAUGUGCGACACAGUUUUUUUAUAAGAUUACGGAGAGACUAUUGAAUUCAUGAAAUGGAUGUAAAUGUAAUUUAAUAGAUGAAAGAAUGUCAGGUUAAUAUAUCCGAUCGGAGUUCAUUGGUAACUGAAGAGUAAUUUUAUGAAUGAGUUUAAUCAACCCAUGAACGUUAAGGUGACUGUGUAUCAGGACUCGGAAACUUUGAAAAAACACUAUUUAGACCUGAAGGUGAACUAAGGUAGCUUUUACAAAUGUUCGUUUUAUUAUAACUGUGUGUGAAAGAUGUCUGUGUACUUGUGCAUGUGAAAAGGCCAUUUACUUUCAACCAAUACUCGAAGUGGCUAGUUGGGACCAAUUAUUGUUUAUUGUUAGAUGUAUAUAACUUGCUUAAUUUAUUUAUGAACUACUGUGAUUUAAAUCAUACUGUUAUAUAAAUAUAUAUCCCUCAGUCAUUAUGAAGAUAUCAUCUUCAUGCCGAAGGUAAGAUUUGUCUCACAAAGCCUACUUUGUCAAGUAAUUUGGAUGGAAAUUACUUUUUACCACUUAUACCGAUCUUGCAUUUAAUUAUAUUUCUGCCAAAUUUCAUUAAUUAUGUUCAGCUCGAUUCUUUUAACAUUUUGUUGUCUCAACGGACAACAAUUUGAUAAAGAGAAAACAUAUUGUCAGUUUUUAAAUAGGGUUAUUGUUAACCAGAACAAUUCUGAUACCAGUGACAGCGAUUUUAUUUAACAUUUUGUCGCAAAUCACAUCAGUUAAAACACAAUGACUACAUUGUGAUAUGUGCUUUUAUGUGCAGAGGAUAUACUGUAUACAAAAUAGCUUCGGUGUUAUAUGUAAUAUAAGCUAUCAAUAUUUUUACAAUCGAAUUUACGGGACUGCCAGUACGGAAAACGUAUCUAAUUUUACCUGUUAACCGGACAAAUAAACCCAUUAGUUUAAUAAACAAUGCAACAUGUCUAAAUAUUCGUUUAUAUAAUCCGAUACCUGUAUGUAACAGAAUAUAAACAGGGUUCAAAUUUAUAUAUUUCUAUAUCAAUUGGAGAUGUAUCAUACGAAAACCUGCUCGUCCCGAAUGAAAACAUUGGUCCCGAUAGUGUUCGGUUUAGAUUCAUUGUGCUAUUGUUUGUGGUAGUUUGUCAGGCGCGGGUAUACGUAAAUGCAAUAGAUUUUAAUUUAUGUCACAAGUAUCUAGCCAAUGUUACUGUUGUUGUCUUCAAACAAUGGUUUGUAUUUAAUGCAUAUAUUGAUACCAUAUAUUUUUGGAAUUCUGUGUUUGUGAUACGUAGAUAUCAAUAGGAUUUUUCGACAGUCUCAUUGUGAAGAAUGAGCAUAAUUGUCUAUGAUUAUAAAACAUAAAGGAUUCAUUGUUGGUUUCGUUGCCAUUCUUGUUGUUGUAAGGACUGUUCUAUGAACGCUGAAUAUGGAAAAGGACCCAAGGAUUUUGAAACUUUUUGUUAAUGCCAAAUCACAGUGUUAUCGUAGAUACUGUUUGAGUACCUACAAUGUUGUUGUUAACUGCCACAUUCAAAGAAACUUUUGAAAUCCUUGGCCAGAAUAUGUCCUUCUUUGUUAUUAUUAAAACUGUUU